CAAUUCAGUUCAUGAUUGUACAUCUUACAGCAAGGGAGUCCAACGGUUCGGUGUGCCGAAAGUGAAAUGGCUAGUUUCAGAAUGGCAUCGAGAUGUGUUAGCAUAGCGGUGAUAACCGUGGUACUAUCAAUGGUAUCUCUAGGGCUGUGUAAACCAUUCCUCGGAGAUAUCCUGGCCAGAGCGAUCACCUCAUCUUCAACACCCGACGAUCCUCAAUCACAUAUAAGCGAUUUUAGAAUGACACCAAAAAUGGAUACAUUGGCGGCAAAGCUCAAGCUGGACGAUUCGAAUAUCGUUGCAUCCAAAAAUCAAUCGAAACCGUCACUAAACGAAACGCUGAACGAAGAGAGUCCAGAGCCUUCCGGAGAGUCCCCCGAAGAGAUUCUUCCCCCUCCUAACCAUACCAACUCGUAUUGGUCAGCACCAUGGAAUAGAACAGAAGUAUUGGCGCGGUUUAUUGAUAACUUUGUGCGACCAGUUCAGCAAAGAAUCUCUUUGGCCUUCGAACGCUUAGUGUCCCGAAAUCCUUUCAACACCGCUCCCAAGAGCCCGGAAGAUACCAUCACACCGCGCAAAGCAUCGAGCGAUGUAGAACAUGUUCUGAAAUCGCUCUCGGUCAAUGACACGGAUGAGCUCGGUUUGGAACUGGUGGCACUAGACGAGGGCCUCGUCGCCGCGCUUAUCGACCCAUCAGUGAACGGUAGCACACUUGUUAGCCAACUGCAGGCCCGUCGACACAUGAUUAGACGUCGGGUGGCGAAGGCACUGUCCUCCAUAACGGGGCUACUUAUACUAGCAGCAAAUUCUCGCAGAGAAUCAAAGUCCCGCAAUAGACGCUCGAUGGAAAACACCAGUAGCGAGGAGCUUGAGGUCAUCGGCACUAUUCCUGAUAUUUACAACGAGAUAUCGAUGGAUGAGAAUGAUGAUUCAAAUCACUCCGAAGAUCCACUGCUAGACGACCCAUUCCAAGGAAGCAACAGUACCGAUGCGGAUGCACCCAGACGAAACGUAGAAGCAGUUGGCAUAUUCAUACUGGAAGUGUUUGGCUCACUAGCCGGGUUUUCGUGGGGCAUAUUCAAGCAAGUACAAUCACUGUUCUGGUGACAGUGAGUUCACCGACACAGCUUUUUAAAUAAGAUUUAAUAUUGUAAAUACACAUAUUUUCGAUACAAUGUUUGUAAGUAAGGGCUAGUUGUAAGGUUAAAAGUUAU